ACGUUAUUUCCGUAAACUCAAGCGUAGCGCAGGCCUGUACAGGAAGGACGUGUAAAGAAAACAUGGCUGGUGCGAAGGGAGCUUAGACUGUAAUAACCCACUGCACGCUGUCACGUCAUUUGGUAUUAAACCCUGAAAAGUGAGCAUUCGUUUCUUUAACGUUUGAUUGUUUGGUCUCCUGGCUUUAGUGAGGUCAACAUGCUGUUGCAGAGGCUUGCCUUGUGCUCGCGGUUGAAGGGGGGGAAAUGGAACGCUCCGGUAAACACCUUUCCCCGGCUAUCCAGGGCGGCAUCCCAGGCCAAAUAUCUACCCCCUGUCUGUGCACCGUCUCUCAGACACGCUGCCGUGCGGCACUGGAGUAACGUCCCUUUCAUUACAGUGCCGCUCACCCGCACCCACGGUAAGUCCUUCGCCCACCGCAGCGAGCUGAAGCAGGCCAAGCGCAUCGUGGUGAAGCUGGGCAGCGCGGUGGUCACCCGUGGCGACGAGUGCGGCCUGGCCCUGGGACGGCUGGCCUCCAUAGUGGAGCAGGUGGCGGUCCUGCAGAACCAGGGUAGGGAGAUGAUGAUCGUGACCAGUGGUGCGGUGGCUUUUGGAAAGCAGCGGCUGAGACACGAGAUCCUGCUCUCUCAGAGUGUCCGACAGGCUCUCCACUCUGGCCAGAACCAGCUCAAAGACAUGGCGGUUCCGGUUCUGGAGGCCCGGGCCUGCGCGGCAGCAGGCCAGAGUGGCCUGAUGGCCCUUUACGAAGCCAUGUUCACCCAGUACAGCACCUGUACUGCUCAGAUCCUGGUGACGAACCUGGACUUUCACGACGAGCAGAAGAGGCGGAACCUGAACAGCACUCUUCACGAGCUCCUGCGCAUGAACAUCGUGCCCAUCAUCAACACCAACGACGCCGUGGUGCCCCCGCCCGAACCCAACAGCGACCUGCAGGGGGUAAACGUGAUCAGCAUCAAGGACAACGACAGCCUGGCGGCUCGACUCGCUGUGGAGAUGAAAGCAGACCUGCUCAUCGCUCUCUCUGAUGUGGAAGGAUUGUACGACAGCCCCCCAGGGUCAGACGACGCCAAACUCAUCGAUAUUUUCUAUCCUGGUGACCAGCAAUCCAUCACCUAUGGGACAAAGUCCAGAGUUGGGAUUGGAGGCAUGGAGGCCAAGGUGAAAUCCGCGCUGUGGGCCCUUCAGGGGGGCACGUCUGUUGUCAUCGCCAAUGGGACGGACCCCAAAGUCACGGGCCACGUCAUCACGGAUAUCGUCGAGGGGAAGAAACUGGGCACCUUCUUCUCCGAGGUGAAGCCAGCUGGCCCCACGGUGGAGCAGCAGACAGAGAUGGCACGACAUGGCGGCCGAACGCUGGCAGCUCUGCUGCCUGAACAGAGAAGUGAGAUCAUCUGCUACCUGGCCGACCUUCUGACUGAGAAGAAGGAUGAGAUCCUGGCUGCAAACAAGAAAGACAUGGAGCUGGCUGCCAGUACAGGUAGGCUGAGCCCGCCCCUUUUGAAGAGGCUGAGUCUGUCCUCUGCCAAGCUGAACAGCCUGGCCAUCGGCUUGCGGCAGAUCGCCGUGUCCUCCCAGGACAGCGUGGGCCGUGCGAUUCGGCGGACGCGUGUGGCCAACAACCUGGAGCUGGAGCAGAUCACCGUGCCCAUCGGCGUGCUGCUCGUCAUCUUCGAAUCCCGCCCCGACUGCCUCCCCCAGGUUUCCGCUCUGGCCGUCGCCAGCGGCAACGCGCUUCUGCUGAAAGGAGGGAAGGAGGCGGCCAACACAAACCGCAUCCUCCACCAGCUGACCCAGGAAGCGCUCUCCAUCCACGGGGUCAAGGACGCUGUGCAGCUGGUGAGCACCAGGGAGGAGGUGGAGGACCUGUGCCGGCUGGACAAACUGAUUGAUCUGAUCAUCCCACGCGGCUCGUCCCUGCUGGUCCGGGACAUCCAGAGGGCUGCCAAGGGCAUCCCGGUGCUCGGGCACAGCGAGGGCAUCUGUCACGUGUACGUGGACUCGGACGCCAGCGUCGACAAGGUCAUCAAGAUCGUCAGAGACUCUAAAUGUGACUACCCUGCGGCCUGUAACGCCAUGGAGACGCUGCUGGUGCACAGAGAUCUACUGAGGACCCCCAUAUUCGAUCAGAUCAUAGACAUGCUCAGAGUGGAGCGGGUGAAGAUUCACGCAGGGCCCAGGUUCGCCUCCUAUCUGACCUUCAGCCCCUCAGAGGUCAAAUCCCUGCGCACGGAGUACGGCGAUCUGGAGUGCUGCAUCGAGGUGGUGGACAGCAUGCAAGACGCCGUGGACCACAUCCACAAGUACGGCAGCUCCCACACCGACGUCAUCGUCACGGAAAACGAGGAGACAGCCGAGCAGUUCCUCCAGCAGCUGGACAGUGCCUGCGUUUUUUGGAACGCCAGCUCGCGCUUCGCUGAUGGGUACCGCUUUGGACUGGGGGCGGAGGUGGGCAUCAGCACGGCGCGCAUCCACGCCCGGGGCCCCGUGGGCCUGGAGGGGCUCCUGACCACCAAGUGGGUCCUGCGUGGCGAGGGCCACACGGCCGCUGACUUCUCCGAGCAGGGCAGCAUGAAGUACCUGCACGAGAACAUCCCCAUCGCCCCAUCCCUGCCCGGGCAGAGGAGCUCCAACUAAGCCAUCCUCCCUCCCCUCCCAGCCCAUACCAAGACACACCUAUAGGACCCACUUCUAUAGCACUCUGGUCCUCUGUUGAGGGCAGUCUUCAAGACCAAAGUCCUCCAAUCAGAUUUGGCUACUGGGACCAGCCUCAGCUCUAGGGGGAGUCUGGAACUCAGCUUCCCAAGCAAGAAGCACAGACGCACCUCUGACCCGGUUAUAACCUCUGACUAACCAGUCCUCUUCGUGUGUAACCACAUUUGCAGUCCCAUAGUUACAUUUUUCUAUGAAAUUAAUCCGAAAAUCCGAGAUGGCCGACGGCUUGACCAGAUUCAGGUCACGUGAGGUUUCAGGUGUAAGUCCGUUGCUGCUCGAACAGUUUACAGUCUGAAACUGGGAAGACCCAUCCCUGCUGUAAAUGAGCAGGAAUGAGGGGGUGUCAGGCAGAACCUUAGCGCAGCUGUUGCAGAGCCAUAUAACACAAUACAGGACGGAUUUGACUGUUCUAGGGCUGUAAUUGAGAAAUCGCAGAAAGAAUACAACCUGCAGCAGUUGAUGGAUUGCAUGGAGUACACGUUACAUGGACCCAGUUCUCAUCCAGGGUAAAGUGCGUACGUUGCCCUGCAUGAAUGCAGUUUUAUUUUUAUCUAAUAAAUGUAUUCAUGCACCUGGCUCAUGGUAAUUAAAGCAGGGUCCUGCCUUGGACUUAAACCUGGUUUUUGGGCCAUUUUCUCGCCUGCCUACAUUGUCUACUCCAGUGGAUUUUGCCAUGUGUCCGGCAUCAUUUCUGAUAUCAUUUCACUGAAGUAUAGGCGAGUGGAAGCUCAGCUAGAAUACUGGCACUCUUCUUGGCCCCCCACACCUCGCAGAUUUUAUAAGCUGUCUUUAAACAUCAAAACCAAUUCACCUCGCAAUCCCAUCAUUGUACACCAAAUCUUUUUUUUUUGUCUGCUUUUUUGAUAUUUGUCGCACUUCACUACUCUCUGGGUCCCGAGCCACAGCCUUGGGGACCGGCACCUCUCUGCUUUAUCCCAUACAUCCUCUCUGCAUACAGCACAGCGAGGUUACAAAACAACCUCAUUUCCCUUGCAGCAGGACGUUCCUUGUAAAUUACAGCAGGUGUUACUGAAUAAAGUUUUUGUCAAUGA